UCGUUCUGAAAUUUAAGAAAAUUGUGAAAAUAGUGAGAAAAUAAAAACUAGGUUUCGAUCAUUACAGAAAAAUGUGGAAAUAGUGAAACGUAGGAAAUAAUACAGGAUCAAGUGUGAAUAAUGUGUGUGAAGUAUAUUUUAAUUACAGCCCUUUUCUCCAUACUCCUGCAAGGAUCAGCUGGUUACACUCCAGUAUCUCAGGGUUGUGAUCAACGAUCAUGCUAUCCAGCCACUGGCAAUCUUCUCAUAGGACGAGAGGAGAAGAUCUCAUCUACUGAUACCUGUGGACAGAAUGGAAAGAGCCGGUAUUGUAUAAUUUCCUCCUUGGACCCCCAUACUCUUGGUGGAGGGUACGCUGACCGCAGAGAUAAAUGUUAUUGGUGCGAUGCAUCAAACCCGGAGGAGUCUCAUGAGGUUCGAAGUAUAGUUCAUCGUUGGGAACCCCCAGAGGCCUCCUCUAGGGCGGAGCAGAAGAUGACCUGGUGGCAGGCCAGCAAUGGACAGGAGAACGUCACCUUGCAGCUCGAUCUUGAGGCAGAGUUUCACGUUACACAUAUCAUCAUAACAUUUAAAACUUUUAGGCCUGCUGCGAUGUACGUUGAAAAAUCUUUUGACUGGGGAAAAUCUUGGAAAAUUCACAGAUACUUCUCAGCCAACUGCGACAAGGACUUCCCUCAGAUACACAAAGGGGUUCCCAGACACCUUGAAGAAACAGUUUGUCAAGAGAGGUAUUCUAGAAUCAGUCCUUCUACAAAGGGAGAGGUUAUUUAUCGUGUUCUACCUCCAAGUAUAAACAUUCACUCUCCUGGUUUCAAUCCUUACAGUAAGGAGGUUCAAGAUCUUCUCAAGACAACAAACCUGAGAGUAACAUUUACCAGACUUCAUAAACUUGGAGACGAGAGCUUGGAUAUGAAUCCCGUAGAUAUCAAAGAAAAGUACUACUACUCAAUAUACGACAUGAUAGUGCGAGGUUCAUGUUCUUGCUACGGACACGCUGACAGAUGUUUACCGGAGAAACCCGAACAUCAGGAUAUACCAGGGAUGGUUCACGGUACUUGCGAGUGUUCACAUUUCACCAAAGGAAACAAUUGUGAACUUUGUAUGGACUUUUACCAUGAUAUGCCUUGGAGGCCUGCUACAGGUCGACAAAAAAACGCAUGUAAGAGAUGCAACUGCAACGAGCAUUCAGAUAAAUGUCACUUUGAUGAAGCAGUUUGGGAGGCUACAGGGUUGACAAGUGGUGGAGUGUGCGAGGAAUGUCAACAUAAUACUGAAGGAAGACAGUGUGAGAGUUGUAUUAGUGGAUUCUAUCAGAAUCCUGAAGUACCUCUAUCAGAUCCGUAUGUUUGCCUUGAAUGUGAUUGUGAACCUGAAGGAACUGUAGAUGGAGGUAUAUGUGAUGGUAGGACGGACCCUGUCGAAGGAACUGUAGCAGGUCAAUGCCAUUGUAAAACUUACGCUGGCGGUCCAAGAUGUGACAGUUGUUUAAACGGAUAUUGGAACUUUACAAGUGAGAAUCCUGAUGCAUGUCAGGAAUGUACCUGUAACACUCUCGGAACCGUCAGUCUCGAUGGAUGUCACCAAGAAACAGGAGAAUGCAAGUGUAAGAGGAAUGUGAUUGGUCGGGACUGUGAUCAGUGCCGUCCAGAGCACUUUGGCCUUUCUAACGAUAUCAAUGGAUGUAAACCAUGUGAUUGUGAUGUUGGAGGAUCCUUUGAUAAUAAUUGCGACGUGAUGACCGGCCAAUGUGCAUGCAGACCUAACAUAAAGGGACGAAGAUGCGACAGAGUCGAAGAUUUCUACUAUACUGGUCCUCUAGAUUAUCUUCUUUUCGAGGGUGAACUUGCACAUGGUUCAGAUUCUCCAACAAAAAUUACAAGAAAGAAACCUUCAGAAAUAGAAGGAGAAACAACCUGGACUGGUUUGGGAUACAUGUUGGUUUUCGAAGGAUCGACACUUACAUUUGAUGUACCUGAAAUUCACAGAACAAUAAACUAUAAUCCUGUGAUCCGGUAUGCUCACCUCCCGACCCAUCCUGACACUUGGGAAUCCGUUAAUGUUGAGUUGGUGAGGAUAGACGGUCCUGCUGACCCAUCUGGCGACUGUUCCCAGGCUGAGAACGGUCCUAUACCCGUGAGUUUGCCCAAGGGUAAUAUCAGUCAGGAGUUACCAUCUCCUUUCUGUCUGGAAAGCGGUCAACGGUAUCAAAUUAAGAUGACUUUUAGUCAAUAUGAUCCAGCACAGCCUUCUCAAGCAAACAUCUAUAUAGAUUCGAUUGCUUUACUUCCUGAGAUCGAUGAUAUCCCAUUCCUUAAUCCAUCAUGGGAAGAUCCUGUCCUAAAGCGGGAGAAAAUAUGUAAAAGCAGAGAAAUGAAAAGAAUGGAGCUACAGGAUAGGUUGGACGGGUCUGGAAAUGAACUUGAUCCGAUGGAAGAUGCAACAAUGUUAAUUAAUGAGGCUGGACUUAUCACGAACGAAGACUGCAACAUUGAUCCUGAAUCAAUAGACCGGAUGUCGAUAGGAUGGAGUCCAGGACCAGAUCGUGCUGCAGAAAUGAGAGAAGUCUUCGACAGAUUAAAUUGUAGAGAAAGGUUCUUAAAUGCAAAACCAUCCAGACUUGAACCGAUGCCUAAAGACUGCGAAGAAAUACUUUAUUCGAUCUCUUUUUUUGCAUUCGAAGGUGCAUUCUCCCGUCCGUGCGAGUGCAGUGGGACUGGAUCUCUAAGUAAAAGAUGUGACACCUACUAUGGUGGAUGUGAGUGUAAGACUCAAGUUGUUGGACAGCGGUGUGAAUCCUGUGCUCCAGGUUCCUAUGGAUUCAGCAGUAAGGGUUGUCAACGAUGUGAAUGUCAUUACCAGGGAUCACAGGACGAAUUUUGUAACCAGGAAACAGGACAGUGUAACUGUAGAAACAACGCUUAUGGAAGACAGUGUGAUAGAUGCAAAACGGGAUUCUGGAAUUUUCCUAAUUGCCAACAAUGUCAGUGUAACGGGCAUGCCUUUGCAUGUGAUCCCUUUACUGGAGAAUGCAAUGACUGUAAAGAUUAUACAACUGGCAGUUUUUGUGAGAGAUGUAAGAUUGGAUAUUUUGGAGAUCCAGUAUUGGGAGAAGACCAGGUUCCUUGUCGUGCCUGUCCUUGUCCUGAUGUAAAGACAUCAGAGCACUCCUACGCUGAAAGCUGUUACCUGGAGAAGAGUACCGGCCAACCUAUCUGCGACUGUAACCCCGGCUACGGAGGUGAACGCUGUGACAUCUGUUCUGAUAAUUUCUUCGGGAAUCCUGAAAUUCCAGGAGGCGAGUGUAGGAGCUGUGACUGUUCUGGAAACUGGCAGGAAUCUCAGCCAGGAAACUGUGAUCCACAUUCUGGAGAAUGUAAAAAGUGCCUUUAUUUUACAGAGGGAUUUAACUGCGAGAAAUGUAUGCCAGGAUAUUUUGGUGAUGCAGUACAGGGUAUGUGUAACUUAUGUACCUGUGAUAUGCUUGGUACAGAUCCAGACAGGUUUGACUGUGAUCGAAUAACUGGAGAAUGUCAUUGUCUUCCAAACGUGGAAGGAGAGAAUUGUGAUUCCUGUAUUGAGAACCAUUGGAGAAUAGCAUCUGGAGAAGGUUGUGAAGCCUGUGAUUGUGAUCCUGUUGGUUCUGUUGGCCCAUCCUGUGAUUCUUAUGUUGGACAAUGUGAUUGCAGGCCCGGGUUCGGAGGGCGGAAAUGUGAUCAAUGUGAAGAAAACUUUUGGGGAAAUCCUAAGAUUGAAUGCAUUCCUUGUAAUUGUAAUACUCUGGGAGUAGACCCUGAUAGAACACAAUGUGACCACAGUACAGGAGAAUGUUUUUGUCUAGAAGGUAUUUCCGGGAAGAACUGUGACAUGUGCGCACGUGGAUACAUGCAAUAUAACCCACUAUCUCAGGAUCAUCCAGUGAUGACUCGAAACAUUCCAUCCGGGUCUUUGCCAGAUUGUCAGAAGUGUGGUGAAUGCUUUGACAACUGGGAUCGUAUUCUAACAGGAUUAAAAGACAAAACAGAGAUGAAGGUUAUGGAAGCUGAGCAGGUUAAGGUUACUGGAGCAGCUGGUGCCUACACACGUUCCUUUGAAAGCAUGGAAUCCAGUAUUGAAGAUGUUAAAAAGAUCAUAGCAAGUGCUUCAAUAUCUGUUGAGGAACUUGCAGAGUAUCAAAGAAACAUUGGAGAAAUCACAAACAGCCUUAAAGGGACUACGUCUCGUAUGACUAAUCUUGACAACAGUCUGUCCGAUACAAAACAGUCCAUCCUACAGGGGCAGUACAAUUUGACAACAUUACGACAGGAAGCGGAUAGAUUGCAACAAUCUGCAGCAGAUGUACGAGUACAAGCAACAAAACUACAAGAAGCAAAUGUUCGUGGAGCUUUAGUGCUAACCCAACAGGCUAAAAUGAGAUCAGAUCAAGCAGUUGAGAAGGUUAAUAGAAUUGCAAGGGAGGUUCAGAAUUCUCAUUUGUCCGAGAGUAUUCAGCAAAGGGACGCUACUGAGAGAUUGAUUGAUGACGUCAGUGAUACUAUUGAGGAGAAACAAGUAAACAACACCAAUUCACUUGCUGAUAUAACCAACAAUAUCUUGGUCCUACAAAGCAAACUGCCUGGGCUCAACAAAGUUGUGUGUGAUGGUGAGACAAGACCAGACUCUCUCUGUGAUGAUCUAUGUGGUGGAGCUGGAUGUGGUAAGUGUGGUGGACUAUCAUGUCAGCAGGGAGCUCUUACUAAAGCAAAAGAAGCAUUACAAAAUGCUAAAGAAGCAGAACAGAUCUUUGCAGAGAAGGAUUUAGCUGCAGAAUCAGUCCUGAACCAAGUAAGCUCAAUAUACGGAGAGGUAGCAAGGGCUGAGGACUUGGCCCAAGUUUCCUAUGACAUGGCAUCGGAGGCUAAGAACAGGUCUUUGAGUGAGCUGAAUCAAGUAAACAUGCUCUCAAAUAAAAUUGAUUCUUUCUUUGAAAGUAAGAAAGCAACGCCUGAACAAGUACAAGGAGUUGCGUAUGAAUGUUUAAAUGCAACUAUGACAAUGGACACAUCUCAGGUUCAGAAUUUGGCAGAAGAAAUCAACAAAGCAAUAGAAUCCGUCACUGACGUUGACAAAAUUAAUGCGGAGACUGCUGGACCUCUUAUCCAAGCUGAGGAUCUGAAGAGGCAGGCUGAUAAAGCAAAGAUAGAGGCAUCUGCAGGGUUAGAAACAGCUGAGAAUGUUGUAAAAUCUCUCUCAGACUCUGAAGAUGCCCAAAAUGUUGCUGAAACAGCUAUUGCGAGUGCUCAAAGAGAUAUUGCUACUGCCAGAAGAGACCUUGGUCAGAUAGAGACGGAAAUGGAGGUGGCAACCUCACUAAGCUCUGAAACCUUCUCCAGAACAGAAUCUCUACUGAAGGAGCAGAAGGGUCUGCAGACGAUCUAUAUAGCUAACGAAAACCACGUGAAAAGUGCACAAGCAGCUGCUGAGAUGGCAAUGAACAAAGCGAACAAGGCAAACUCUAAUCUUUAUAAACUCAACACUGAUUUCUUCGAUGUGUCCUCUAGCUUAGCAGAGAAAAGCGGGAAAAUUGGAUCCGCUAAAGAUCGGGCUCUUGAUCUCCAGAAAAGAGCAAACAACUUGGCUAACUCUGCGUCUAGUAAACUUGCAAACCUGCAGGACAUGGAGAAGGAAUAUGAAGAAAAUCAAAGACAACUGGACACUUUGUCUUCACAACUUACCGAGCUAAACUGUAAAAUGCAGAUACAUUUAAUGGUGAUCCAGGAAAAAUCUAAUUUCUAUCGAACCUGCAGUUCUCCAAGUGUUUGGGAACCUACCCAACUUUGUCUAUGUCCGACAGGAAACUUGGAUCCUGUCUGUACAGAUAAUUCUAGUCCGGCUAGAUAUUAAUUCUUGUAUUUUCUCUUUGUAAUCAGGAGUUUUGCCUACCUUUUUUCCCAUCAAAUAUGACAUAGUUUUACUGUAAAAUAGUAAUUUUCUUAUUUACAUUAAGUAUGUAGUAUGUAUGUAUGAUAGUUUAAUCAAUGGAAGAAUACAAUUAGAAUAUUAGUAUUCUAUUUAUUCAAUAUUGAUUACUGGGUAGGAUUGCAAGUAUAAAUGUCUUGUAUUUCAGAACCAAUAAAUCUGCAAUCCCAAA